AUGCAAUCCUUCUACGAUGAAUUCCAGGCAUUGUUAAUCGAGUUUUCGAAUGCACUAAGAUGUUCAAUAUGGUUGGUUUUCUCUUUAAAUUUUAGUAACCAGCUAUAUACUCGCCCAACUACGGUGACCGAAUGUGGCCAUAGAUUUUGUGGCGAUUGCAUCAAGGAGAAUUUAGGGGUCAAUUGCUUGUGCCCUUAUUGUGGCCAACCUGCUCGCGGUAAAAACCUACGAAUUUCUCCCCUUCAUUCGAAUCUAGUUAAUUGGACUAGAGCCAUGUUAACUAGCUUGGAAAAAUUUGCAUCUUCCAACGACAUUUCUUUUCCAAGGCCUGCGCCUGAAACUCCCGUACUGAGCUACUCUCAAGCGGCUAGUAUUGAUGGCGUAAAUGAUUCUUUUGAUUCAAACACAAGCUUUGAGACGGAAAAGGCUCCGUUUGACUCUGAUUCAAAGUCGCCAAUUAAAAGCCGCAGUUUUAAAAGGGUCAGUUUUCCAAAUACCUCCAACAUAAAAUCCCAUCGAGGCGGUUCUGUGAUUUCUCCAAAAGCAUCUGACAAGAUAAAAGCUGCCAACUUAUCAGCGGGAAGUAAAUCGGAAACUUUUUCGUUGAUGGAUCUUAUCUCUAGUGGGACUGUUCCCAUUGGGUCGGUAGCAUAUUGCUUUGAUUGCACGGCAAAGAUAACGUCAAGUGGAAGUCUCAUUGACGAAAUUGAUUUACAAGAGUACUUUGAUCCCUCAGAUUGGGCAACAUACGUUGUUCGGUGUGUAGAAAACCGACGCUUGUCGCGUCAAGAUGGCCUAAAGGCCAUUAAAGUGGGCGGAAAGACAUUGGAGGAGUUGUAUUCUUCGGUUUUUGUACAGCAAAGCACAACUAGAAACGAUCCUGUUCUCAAACAAGAUACGAAUGUUUUUAGCUUGGCAGAACAAAGUCCACAAAGGAUUGUCAAGCUUUCCACGUCAAGCCUAUCUCGUGAUCAGUCAAAAUUUUUGGAAUUACAUUCAAGAAAUCACCUUCAAUAUUCGCUCAAUUUAUCACCAGAUCCUGAUAUCUCGGGAAGUACAUAUCUCGUGGUUGAUACGGACUCGAAUCAACGAUGCCGUCGGACUCUAAAAUAUCUAUUUGCUUGCAUGCUAAAGAUUCCCGUGGUAUCCUUUCAAUUUAAUGAAAGGCGGUGGAAAGAUAUAACCAAUUAUCGUGUCACACAAGACUUUCAAGGCCGUACGUUCAAUGUAAAUUGCCGUGACAUGCUUUUUUCUGGUUUAACGGUCGCCUUUGGUGAUAAUACCUCAAAGCCAGAAUGCAGUCUCAUUUCUAAUGAGAUAACGACAAAGUUUGUAAAGUACGGGGGUGGAAAGAUUUUCAGCGAAGAACCGCGAAAGUUCAUCUCGCUGGGUCGUAUCGAUCCAUCUUUUUUGUUUGAUGCAAUCGUUCCGGAUGCGUUACUAUUGGUGAUUGAUACCAGCCCAAAGUUUACUUUCUCAAGCAUUAAAGUUCCAAAAGUCGAUUUUCAAGCGUCUAAAUUCAAGGGAUACACGAUUAGAUCUUCGGCCUGGUUUCUUGACUGCAUCUCUCAAAAUACAUUGGCACACGUUGACCCUUUCAGCUUAACGAAAAAUUCAUAA